AUGAAGGCUGGGAAGCGUGUGGCGCUUCGCGAGCCAUGCGGGAGCGUGCAGGAUCUAGCAGCGGAGGAAAUGGAGGAGGAGGAGGCGUGGAACUAUCAGAAGGAAGGAGGGAAUGGUGAUGUAGCAGGAGGGAGUGGUGAUCUAGCAGGAGGGAGUGGUGAUGUCGCAGGAGGGAAUGGUGAUGUAGCAGGAGGGAAUGAUGAUGUAGCAGGAGAAAAUGAUGAUGUAGCUGAUGACUGGCUCAAAGGAGGAGUGGAAGAUAUAGCAGGAAAGGGAAGCGCAGCAGGAGCAGGAGCACAGGUUGUAGCGGCAGCAGCAGGAGGACAUGUGCAGGCUGUAGCAGAUGUGCAGGCUGCAACAGGAGGCGAUGCAGACACACAGGCUGUAGCAGUCUCACCUGCUGCAGCAGGAGGCGAUGCAGAAGCAGGGGUCCAUGCUGUAGCAGCAGGACCGGGAGCAACAGGAGCGAGAGUUGUAGCGGAAGCGCAAGUCUCAGCAGCAGGGCAGGGGGAAGAGGAGCGAAGGAGGCCAGUUGUAGAAGCAUCGGGAGGUGGCGGCGGGUGGUUGUGUGAGCCGUGGUAUACUGUCCUCACCACCACACGCAUCUCAGUCCUUGGCAUCUCCACACUGUCAGUCACCUCCUCAUCUUUCCACACUCCUACUGCAGCUGCAGCCCCUGUAGCAGUGCUGCCUCUAAAUGUGGCCUUUGAGUUGGUUCCUGCGCCAUGA